AUUUCCGCCACGGGCAGACACGUAGUUGUGAGGCAGCCGAGUUUGGCCAAAAGUUGUGUUAAAUAUAGUACUUUUGUGUGUUAUUUAUUACAAAGCUUGCGAAAAUGGCUGGUACACUCUACACAUACUCGGACAAUUUUAGGGCAUACAAAGUGCUGAUCGCUGCUCAAUAUUCGGGCGCAGCGGUAAAGGUAGCGGCGGACUACGUGCACGGGGAAACGAAUCGUAGCGACGCGUUUCUGAAAAAGUUCCCGCUCGGCAAAGUACCUGCGUUCGAGACAAAGGACGGUAAAUAUCUUACCGAAAGCAAUGCGAUCGCUUUCUACGUUGCCAACGAACAGCUGCGCGGUACAACCGAUGUCCACCGUGCGGAGGUGAUAUCGUUCCUGAGCGGUGCCGACAGUGAGUUGCUUCCAGCUGUGCAGUCGUGGGUAUUCCCCGUACUUGGCAUCAUGCCUUUCAACAAGAACAACGUCGAGCACGCGAGAGAGGAUCUGCGCCGCCAGCUGAUGGCGCUCAAUUUGCGGCUGCUCAAGCAGACGUUCCUGGUCGGAGAACGGGUGACCUUGGCCGAUAUUGUGGUGUUUGCCACACUACUACCAGCGUACGUGCACGUGUUGGAUCCGUCCUUUCGAGCACCCUACGGCGCGCUCAAUCGCUGGUUUACGACCGUGUUGAAUCAGCCGCACGUGAAACCCGUCGUCGAAAGUGUGACGCUCUGUACCAAGGUCGCUCAGGUUGAUCCGAAGAAGUACGCCAACUUCCAGGCUCGAGCCGCCAAAGAUGGCUCUGCUGCUGAGAAGCCGGAGAAGGCGGACAAGAAAAAGGAGAAAAAGGAGAAGAAGUCGGCCCCGGUGGCGGAGGUGCACACGGAGCAGCCGGAUGCCGCCGAUGAGGCCCUUGCGGCCGAGCCGAAGCAGAACGAUCCGUUCGAAUUGCUACCGAAAGGCGCGUUCAACAUGGACGAUUUUAAGCGUUUCUACUCAAACGAGGAGGAAGCCAAAUCUAUUCCAUACUUCUGGACAAAGUUCGAUCCGGCGCAUUACUCGAUCUGGUACGGAGAGUACAAGUACCCCGAGGAACUGACCAAGGUGUUCAUGAGCUGCAACCUCAUCACGGGCAUGUUCCAGCGACUGGACAAGAUGCGCAAGCAGAGUUUCGCGUCCGUCUGUCUGUUCGGCGAGGACAACAACAGUACAAUCUCGGGAGUGUGGGUUUGGCGCGGCCAGGACCUUGCCUUCCAGCUGUCGUCCGACUGGCAGGUUGACUACGAGGUGUACGAGUGGAAAAAGCUAGAUGCCGCGUCGGAAGAAACGAAAAAGCUAGUGAGCCAGUAUUUCUCUUGGAGCGGCACCGACAAGGGCGGCCGUAAGUUUAACCAGGGUAAAAUCUUCAAAUAAAGUGUGGGCGAGUUCAUCAAUUUCGCACAAAUCAACACAAGUCCUGGUUGUCACAAUCAAGAAAUCAAUUUGCUCAUCAGCUUCAACCAGCUUUGCGACAUUUCAUCGAAAGCUCGCGCAAGGCGAACGCGAUAGGUUAUUUUUCUAAAACAUUGUCAAGCCCUUACAAUACUCAUUUUCUUGAACCACUUGCUAGCGCUUGCUGCUGUUGCUGUUAUUACUUCACGUGCACGUGGUUGCACAUUUGAUUGGAGCUUGGUAAUGUUUCAGCAGCACGUUAAACAAUAAUGUUUCGCUUCGCACCAAUCAAAGCAAUGUUGCAAUGUAAAGCUGAAAUUUUCGCUAUACUACCACCGCGGGGUAAGCGAAACCCGCGACAGAAAAAAGAUGCAAUUUUCGAACUACAGCUAGCAAAAAGUGAACAUUUGAAAUAAAAAAAGAACAGCAACAAUCAGUAAAAUGCUAGAAACAAUACGAAAUGCGACUUACCAGUAAAAUAAGAUAAAAAUGUACAGAGAUUAUUUCUAUUCGUUUGUUACAUCGGAAUACACCGAAUAAAUUUAUGCGAAAAGAGCAACUUUUGUAGAAAUUGCCUUUUUGAGGAACCAGUACUUCUCGUGGAGCAGUGCCAACUAGGGGGCCAGUAUCUUUAAAAAGGGUAACCUUUUUCAAAUAUCUCGAAUUCUCUUGUGACCGAAUUCACAAAAUUCGAAGAAUUUUAAAAGAGGACAAUAUUAAAACUUCCACCGAAAAAUUUAAUCACUAGAUACAAUAAUCUUUACUAGGUUCAAAGAAGUUCUUUCUAUUCUUGUGACAAAUAAUAAAGUGUAUUAAA